GCUGAGCCAUUGUUCCCGGGGCGCGCUCCUUCCAGCGCCGGGGAGGGAGCUCCCUUUCCUCCUCGCCUUUUCCGGGUCUCAGCUCCAGCUGAAGGGUGCCUUUAAAGCUGUUCAAGAUCAAGAUGAGUACAGACUCCAAGGAGGUUUUACCCCCCGAUGUUCACACUCCUGAGGUUUGGGAAGAACUGUCAGUGAAAGCAGAGGCAGAAAGUCACGUCCAAAUGCAGGGAUCCAGAGUGAAACGCAAUAACCCACUGGCAAGGGAAAUCUUCCGAAGGCGCUUUCGGCAAGUCUCUUACCAGGAGACCCCUGGACCAAGGGCAGCUCUUACCCAACUCCGGGAACUUUGCUGCCAGUGGUUGAGGCCACACGUGAGCACAAAGGAGCAGAUCCUGGAGCUGCUGGUGCUGGAGCAGUUCCUGACCAUACUGCCUGAGGAGCUGCAGGGCUGGGUGAGGGAACACUGUCCAGAGAGUGGGGAGGAGGCAGUGAUUUUGCUGGAGGAUCUGGAGAGAGAGCUGGAUGAACCACAACAUGAGAUGUUAGCCUACAGACAUGAACAAGACGUCCUCCCUGAAGAGACAGUGUCCCUAGGAGAGCAGAUGUCACUAGGCCUUCAGUCCCAGCCUAAGGAGACCCACCUCACACGUGACCCUGCUCAAGAGCCCCACCCUGUUGGAGAGACAGCUGGAAUGACCGCGACUGAGGACAGAGAGUUGGGGCUGAGAGAAGACUGUCCUAAGAGAGCAGAACCACAGGGGACACUAUCCUACGGACAGAGCCGGGAGGUAUCACACCAGUAUCCCCUACCUGGGGAAGUUGGUAAACUAAAGGGUGGGCUCAAGAGGCACUGGGGAACCCCGGGAGGAGGAGACAGAUCACACAAAUGUGAUGCAUGUGGGAAGAGCUUUGCCCAGAGCUCAGGUCUCCUUCGACAUCAAAGAGUUCACACCGGAGAAAGACCCUAUGAAUGCAACGAGUGCGGGAAAACCUUCAGUCGGAGUUCAGGUCUCUUCAAUCACCGAGGAAUCCACAAUAUACAGAAACAGUACCACUGUCAGGAGUGUGGGAAGGCCUUCAGCCAGAGUGCGGGUCUUAUCCAGCAUCAGAGAAUCCACAAGGGAGAAAAGCCCUACCAGUGCAGCCAGUGUGGCAAGAGCUACAGCCGGCGUUCCUUUCUCACGGAGCAUCAGAGGAGCCACACUGGGGAGCGACCUCACCGCUGCAGCGGAUGCGGGAAAAGCUUCAAUCGCCACUGCAACCUCAUCCGCCAUCAGAAGAUCCACGUGGUGACGGCGCUGGUCUAGUCCUCGCUGCCUGCAGGUUUUCCUCAUCACUGGCCAGGUCGUGUGGGGUAGGUCAAGGUCAAGACUGCAGACUGCCCUUCUUCCUAAGUCUGCUGAGUGUGUUUUGGUCCAGGGACAUCCAAAUAGGAAGGUUUGACUUUUUGAAGCUGCUGCUUUCUUUCCCUUUUGGUUCCUUCACCCCUUCCUGAUUCUGGCCACCCCCACCCCUCUUAUUUUUUCUCUUUGAGAUGGCUGCUACACUUUCCUGGUAAUGUAACUAACGGCGCUGCUACAGCCAAUAUGCCUAAAAGAUCUGUAGCUGUGUUUAAUUCCUAACGAUCACAUAGAGCUCUGUGGAUGUCUGAUAAUAAAUGGGUCGUUGGUGUUCCCUGUGCCCAGUCCCUGCCUGGUAAAGAGUUUUUCUGCCUACUGCUUCCCUCUGGCACCUACGUGAUGCUCCCCUGGAAUAGCGACCAGCAUUGGCUGGGGCCUUCGCUGUUCGCAGAGUGCUUCCAUUGACUUAACCCCAGUUGCUCGUCGCAACAACUGCGCAGGGAAAUGAGCAUUAUCAUGAUCCCAUUUUACAGAAGAGGAAUUGUAGAUUCAGAAAAUCCAAGCCUCAGAGCCAAAGCUGAAACC